CCCCGGAGCUUUGGGGGUGCCUCCGGCCCUACUCACGGGCGAUAAGAGUACGCGGAUUUUUCCUCUCCACCCUGUCGGAGGUCCCCUAUCCGUUUGCUAUCAUGAGUAGCGAAUUCCUGGCGGAGCUGCACUGGGAGGAUGGGUUCGCCAUCCCGGUGGCGAACGAGGAGAACAAGAUACUGGAAGAUGAGUUGUCAAAGCUGCAGGAUGAAAGGUCAAGCUUGGAAGAUCAGCUACGUGACUAUGAAGAUCGAAUUAAUGCUAUGACUUCUCACUUCAAAAAUGUUAGGCAAGAGUUCUCAUUUACCCAGUCUCUUUGCAAAGCCAGGGAGCGUGAGAUUGAAAGCGAAGAACAUUUUAAGAUGAUUGCUGAAAGAGAACUGGGACGAGUGAAGGAUGAAAUCCAGCGACUGGAAAAUGAGAUGGCUUCAAUACGGGAAAAGAAAAGUGAUAAGGAAAAUAGCAUAUUUAAAACUACUCAAAAAUUGGACAGUUUGAAAUGUCAAAUGAACUGGGACCAGCAAGCACUGGAGGCCUGGUUAGAAGAAUCGGCUCAUAAAGAUAGUGAUGCCCUCACUCUUCAGAAGUACGCACAACAAGAUGACAAUAAAAUUAGGGCACUGACCCUGCAAUUAGAAAGACUGACUUUGGAAUGUAAUCAGAGAAGAAAGGUACUUGACAAUGAACUUACAGAGACUCUAAGUGUGCAGUUAGAAUUGGAUAAAGCGGCACAAGAUUUUCGUAAGGUUCAUAAUGAAAGACAAGAACUCAUUAAACAGUGGGAGAACACAUUAGAACAGAUGCAGAAGAGAGAUCGAGACAUUGAUAACUGUGCCUCGGCAUUAGCAAGGAUAAAGCAAGAAACAAGAGAAAAAGAAAACUUGGUUAAGGAAAAGAUCAAGUUUUUGGAAAGUGAGAUUGGAAAUAACACAGAGUAUGAGAAAAAAAUUUCUGUUGCUGACCGUAAAGUUUUAAAAUGUAGAAUGGAAUAUCAGCGUCAUGAAGCUAACAGAAAUCAGCUAAAGGAUGAGCUGGAUUCUUUAAAAGCCACUGUGAGGAGAAGUUCCAGUGAUUUAGAGGCUCUGAGGAAAAAUAUUUCCAAAAUAAAGAAGGAUAUUCAUGAAGAAACAGCCAGGUUACACAAAAUUAAAAAUCAUAAUCAGAUUGUAAAAAAAAAAUUAAAGCAGAUAACUGAGAAAACUAUGUCUAUCGAAGAGAAAGCGACCAAUUUGGAAGAUAUGCUCAGGGAGGAGGAAAGAGGUGUAAAGGAAGUGGACGUUCAAUUGAACAUAGUGAAAGACGUGCUAUUUAAGAAAGUUCAGGAAUUGCAGGCUGAGACAAUGAAAGAAAAAGCUAUUGUAUCAGAAAUUGAAGGAACCCGUUCCUCUCUAAAGCACCUCAACAAUCAGUUACAUAAACUGGAUUUUGAAACCUUGAAGCAGCAAGAAAUUAUGUACAGUCAGGAUUUUUACAUUCAACAAGUGGAACGCCGAAUGUCACGGUUAAAGGGAGAAAUUAAUUCAGAAGAAAAACAAGCUCUUGAAGCAAAAGUUGUUGAACUUAAAAAGACGUUGGAAGAGAAAAAAUCUACAUGCAGCCUUUUGGAAACACAGAUCAAGAAGCUUCAUAAUGACCUUUACUUUAUGAAGAAGUCAAAUAGUAAAAAUUGUGAUGAAAAACAGUCCCUCAUGACCAAAAUAAAUGAACUAAACCUUUUCAAUGACAGAUCAGAGAAAGAACUUAAUAAAGCCAAAGCUUUGAAACAGGAUUUGAUGAUAGAAGACAAUCUUUUAAAACUUGAAGUUAAACGUACUCGAGAAAUGCUUCACAGUAAGGCAGAAGAAGUUCUUUCUCUGGAAAAAAGAAAACAGAAGUUACACACAGCUAUGGAAGAACGAACUGAAGAAAUUAAGGUUCACAAAACAAUGCUUGCAUCACAAAUAAGAUAUGUUGAUCAAGAACGGCAAAACAUAAGUGCUGAGUUUCAUGAGCGGCUAAGUAAAAUUGAUAAGCUGAAGAAUAGAUAUGAAAUUCUUACUGUUGUUAUGCUGCCACCUGAAGGAGAAGAGGAGAAAACACAGGCCUAUUAUGUAAUAAAGGCUGCUCAGGAAAAAGAAGAACUUCAAAGGGAAGGUGACAGUUUGGAUGCUAAGAUCAACAAAGCUGAAAAAGAAAUCUAUGCUCUAGAAAACACCUUGCAAGUGCUGAACAGCUGCAACAACAAUUACAAACAAUCCUUUAAAAAAGUGACUCCAUCUAGUGAUGAAUAUGAGCUAAAAAUCCAACUAGAAGAACAAAAAAGAGCUGCUGAUGAAAAAUACAGAUACAAACAAAGACAAAUCAGAGCACUACAGGAAGAUAUCCAGAGCAUGGAAAAUACUUUAGAAGUUAUAGAACAUUUAACAAAUAACGUCAAAGAAAAAUUAUCAGAGAAGCAGGCUUACUCAUUUCAACUAAGUAGAGAAACUGAGGAGCAGAAGCCAAAAUUAGAGAGAGUAACUAAACAGUGUGCAAAACUCACCAAGGAAAUUCGUCUUUUGAAAGACACAAAGGAUGAAACACUAGAGGAACAAGACAUUAAACUUCGUGAAAUGAAACAGUUUCACAAGAUCAUUGAUGAAAUGUUAGUUGAUGUCACAGAACAAAAUGCUGAGAUCCGUAGUAUCCUUCAAACAUACUUUCAACAGAAUGGUUUAGAACUGCCUACAGCAAGUACUAAAGGUGGUCGUCAGAGUUCUAGAUCUCCUUCACAGACUUCACUGUUAUCAGCAAGGUCAUCUAGGAGUACAAGUAGUUCUGCUUCUCAGGCUUCAAUUAAAGUAUUAGAGCUGAACUUCCCAGCUGCCCCUUCACUAACUGGCAGUACUUCUAGGCCAACUAGUGCUAGCAGUAGCUCCAGUAAUGGUAAAAGCAAAAAGAGCAGCAAGUAAACAUUUUAAUCUCUCUUUUGAACAAGUUGUAAACACAAAAACAAAAUUCUCACACUUUUAAAAUAGUAAAUCCCACUCUGUGCUUUUGGGUACUGUAUAAUGAUUAAUAUAGAGGCUGAAAUUGUGUUAGAAAUAUGAAAUGACCAGACAAAAGUUUUAUCCAGUGGAAAAUGUAAAAGCUGUUUUAAAAAAAAAGUCAAGCAAUUUGGGUCCUUUGCUAAAAAAAGGUUUAAUUUUCUUAGUGUUUUUCCUACUAUUUUCUUCACGUAGAAGGAAAGCAGUAAUACCAGAUUCUUAACAAGGCUACAUGUUACACAAGCACAGGGAAAAUGUUGUUUUUCACUGUUAUUUGAUGGCUGUUAUAUUGAAAAAUAGUUUGCUUCAUUAUUUCAUGCUAGCCAUGAAACUACAUUCAUUUCCAAAAUAACAGCAUCUUUCAAGAAGAAAUUUCUCAAGUUUCAUUGUACUAUAAAGAGUUUAUAACACUACUGAAAUUCUCAUUUACCCUAGAAGAUCCUGAAAUUUUCUUUAUUCAAAGAAACAUAUUUCCCAGACUUUGGGGGGAGAAACCUAUUAGUUUCUUCUUUUGGUAUAAUUUUAAAAUUUAUAACCAAAAAAUAGCAUUACCUACUUCCCCACCAAGAAAACAACUGAUAGGAGAGAAACACUGUAUAUCAAUGAAAAUACAGCUUAACUUUCUAGGAAUUACUUCACUCUGAUCUUGAAAGAAGUCACAGAGAUUAAAGAUUUUGCUCUCAAGACACA